AUGGCCUUCAAAAAAAUUGUCGUUGCUGGAAGCUCAGGCAACCUUGCAGAUCACGUCCUUAAGGCUCUUUUGGACUGCACAACACCCAAAUUUGAUGUCACUGUGCUCACUCGCAGCAACAGUGGUAAAAAAGUAUCCGUUCCUGGCGCUCGUGUGGUGCCAGUGAACUACGGGGACAAAGCGGACCUUGCAGCAGCAGUGAGUGGGGCCGAUGCCAUCAUGAACCUCGUUUCCGGCAAAGUCGGCGGUGUGGUGGACAAGCAGCUGCUGGAAGCAGCUAAGGAAACAGGUGUUCGCCGUAUUUUCCCAUGCUGGUGUGGUAUGGAUGUUUUGCAUCCUAGCGCUGUUGCUCUGUUCACCAGACCCGAUGGCAGCCCACUUGCUCCGGUCGUUUCGCCUGUCCAAGACGCUCGCAAGUUUCUAGCGCUCGCCGAAGAAAAUUCCACGGUGAGCUUCACCACGCUUAUCCCCUCGCUUUUCAUCGACGCUGCGCUCGAGGGCCGUUUUGGCACAAUCGAGCCUCAAAACCGCAAGAUCACCUUGUUCGACGACGGAAAGCACCACGUAACGGGCUCGUCGCUGCCCUUCAUUGGGGCAUGCUUCGUUGCAGUGUUACAGAUGGACGAGGAGAAGACAAAGAACAAGCGCAUUCGUGUAGCCGAGGUCCGCACCAGCUUGAAGGAGAUUGCAGAAACCUUCGAGAAGGUUACUAAGCUGGAGUUCGAGAAGGUUCCUGUAAGCAUCGAGAGCAUGCUUGCGAAGCGCCAGAAAGCACUCGAAGAGGGACAAAUCAUCCCAGCUUUCUACACGAGUUUGAUGACCGCGGUCUUCAACGGUUCUGGUGCUGGAGACAUCGAGGACGGCCUGCAAUUCGACGGCGAUGGGUUUUUAACCUUGAAGAGGAAGUCAAUUGAGGAAUUAGUCACAGAAGCCGUGGCCAAGGUGGACAUUGCUUGA